AUGGCGUCGCUAUACCGCCAGAUCAAAGGCUCGGUCAAGGCUGUCAUAGCCUUGACGAUCAUGGGCUCCGGCUACCUGAGCUCCGUGCUCCUGUCCUCCACGAUAAUUCGCGCGCUCCUGGCCUACGCGCUGCUUCUACCGUAUCUCUUAAAACUUGCCUACAAGACCCUCCCGACGAUAUUGUGGAACGCACCGAAGCUGGUCACCCCUAACACACUGGUCCGAGACACCGAACAAUACAGGAAGCGGGCCGACGCAGUCGCCCAAGCCCAGCUGGAAGGAAAACACCGAUUCGCCAGAGACGAAGUGCUCCGGACCGAGCGAAACGGCAAAGGAUGGAUGGCGAAUAUGCCCUGGCAAGACCACACGGGGGAGUUCACCGUCUGCGGGGCCACGGUGCGGUACGUCCAUCUCAAGCCGAGCUAUCGCAGUGUUGCCCAGGACGUCAAGACGACGCAUCGGCCGAUCGUGUUCCUGCAUGGGAAUCCGAGCUGGAGCUUUAUGUGGCGGGAUGUAUUCCCUGCGUUGCUGGAGCGCGGCCAUGAAGUAUACGCGGUGGACUGGCUGGGACAUGGUCGCAGUGACAAGAUCUUGCGUCCGGAGGCGAUCACCAUUGAACUGCACACGCGUACUCUGAUGCAGUUUUUCGAACACACGGGCGUUGAGGAUGCGACCCUUGUCGCGCAUGAUUGGGGAGGUUGCGUCGCCGCGUGCACGAUGCCUCUGCUACCCAAGUCUCGCUGUACCAGCCUCCUUCUGCUCGAUUCUUUCCUCCCCCCCCGUCCGAGCGAAACGAGCCUACAUAACAGCCUCCCCUACGCCAUCUGGGCCAUGACCACCGAGAUUCUGGGCGGAUGCACCCCGGAGUCUGCCGUCAUGCGCUUCCUGUCGCCUAACAUCUCGCAGAAAGAUCUUGAAGGCUACACCGCACCCUACCAACAACUCCCCGGAAGCGCCAAGUCCAGCAUCUAUCGCUUCUCGCACAUGGCGCCAGUCGUCCCCCGCAUCAUCCUCAACUGCAUGCGACAGACCUGGCUCUGGAAACUGGCCGAGGGGCUUGCUGGUCCCUCGCACUUCGACAACCUGAACGCGCAGGCGCGCCUGGCUGUCCGCGACGGCGAGAUCCGCAGCUUCUGGAAAUCCAGCGCCAAGGCGCAGCAGCUGGAUCUGGCCGUGGUGUUCGGCGACAUGGAUCCGUUCUUGAAAGAUAGUAAGGAUGUUCUGGUGCGAUCCGUUAACCCGCGCCUGAUGGCCAACUGGGCCCCGUACGGAGUCUGGCUCGACGGGGCAGGGCACUAUCCCACCGAGGAGAAGCCGGCAGUGGUUGGAGAUCUGGUUGCCAGACUGGCACGGCAGCGCCACACCCCGGCUGGAGGGUGA